UAACAAUCGCUUUGCGUUCGCACAACGAAAUGGCCAUUGCCACUGAGGAACAUGACAACAAGCAAGCAGAACCAGUCAUGGAGCAAGUAGCAAAGAAGCAGGAGGCCAUCGACGAUUUGGGCGAUUCUGGACAUGCUGAUAGCGAGCCUGCCGAGCCUGCUGAUGCCGAGAAGACCACAUGCCCUGUGCCACUUACGCCGCCAGAAGGGUGUGAAUCUGUCACAGCGGACGGUGGUGUGCUGAAGAAGGUUCUCGAGGCGGGCGAUGACAAAACCACGCCCAGUCUGCACGCGCGCUGCCUGGUGCACUACGUGGGCUACCUGGCUGGCAGCGGCGACAAGUUCAUGGACACACGGAAUGACCGCGACACUGACGAGCCAGUGGUGGUGGUGGCCGGCCGGAAGACGGCCGCGCAGGAGACGGGCCUGUGCCAGGCCGUGGCCACCAUGUGCCGCGGCGAGAAGGCGCUGGUGUACAUCAUCGACCCCGCCUAUGGCUACGGCGAGCGGGGCAGCUUCAGCUUCCCCUGCGUGCCGCCUGACAGUGCACUGGUGUACGAGGUGGAAAUGCUGGGCUGGGAAGACAUCGAGGAGACGGACAAUGACGGCAACCGCGGCAGCCUGCUGUAUGAGGAGCGGCUGGAGCGGGCUGAGCGGCGGCGACUGACGGGCAAUGAGCUGUUCAAGGCGGGGCAGUACAAGGAGGCGCUGGCCAAGUACGCCAUGGCUCUGUCCUACCUGGAUGAGGACUUUAUGUUCCAGCUGGCGGGCCACUACCUGGACAAGGCCGAGGACGUGAAGAAGCUGGUGCACCUCAACAUGGCCGCCACACAGCUCAAGACAGGGGACUGGAACACGGCCAUCUACAACUGCGGCCAGGUGCUCAACAUGGAUGCUGAUAACGUCAAGGCGCUGUUCCGACGCGCCAAGGCGCAGGCGGCGCUCGGCCGCACCGAGGAGGCGCGGGUGGACCUUGAGAAGGCCAUCAAGCUGGAGCCCAACAACCGGGAGGUGGCGGAGGAGCUUCGCGCCGUCCGCGCGACCCUCAAGGAGGAGAAGAAAGCGGCAGACGCAUUCUACAAGACCAGCAUGGCCAAGGUCAUCGGCGCCGCACCCGCGCCGCCCGCCGCUGCCUCCAUCUCCGGCUCUGCGCCGGCGGCAGCAGGUGCUGCAGCAGAGGCAGGGAACCCGUCGGCGGCGGCCACAGCCUCGCCUGCGUCUACAGCGGCAACGCAGCGCAGCGGUGCCGCAGCGUCCACGAGCGGGGCAGCAGCGGGCGCAGGAGCGGCAGCAGGGCAGCCGUCGAAGCGGGCAGCAGCAAAGUCGACGGACAAGGGCGCACGAGGAGCGGCGGCGGCGGCAGGGACAGGGACGGCGGCGGCGGUGCAACGCAGCAGCACAAGCGGUGCCAAGCAGGGGCUGGUGGCGUGGCUGGUGGCGCUUAUAGCGCUGGUUGUGGCGAGGUUCGCAAAGCUCUUUGGAAAAGCGCAGCGUGGGGGCGGUUCGCGAGGCAGAGCUGGGAAGCGGUAGCAUCCCAAUUGCCCAGCAACCUUGGGGCAGCUGUUCGCUUCUUCAGUGUUUUGAGGAUAGCACGAUCGCGCUUGUGUCUAUGUUUGUGCUUGGUAGGGCAGAAGGUAAUGGGCCAGUUUCUAUAUAGCAGCAUGAUGUCUGGCAUAGGGGCAAUCGGGAUAGCUACAAGCGUGUGUGAGUGCGUGUGGUGCUGAUGACCGACGCGACGACCAUCCAGAUGGAGCACCGUGUUUGCUGCUGCGUGCUGCGUUGUGCAUCAGGGCGCUCGGUGACCUGAACGUGGUAGACACACCGAGCUUGUGAUCCCAACGUACUUACUGAGAACGGGGACUGUGGUCUGUGGGCAUAUCAACUCUGGAGAACCA